CCCCCGUGGCCGAACCUUGCCACACAGCUGGGCCCGGCCUGCCCGGGCUGGCAGUGUCGUGGGCGGUGGCGUCUCCGCCCAACUCCGCCUGCGUGGCCUGUCCUCUCCUGUCCUGGCCCGGCCCGGUCCGGCCCGGUCCGGCCUCCUGCGAGUCUGUGAGGGGAGUUGUUGUGGAGCUGCGGGAAGCACGUGAGGAGCGCAACGUCAUCAUAAACACUCGUAGGCAACAUGGCGGCGGCGCAUCCGAGCGGCAAGGUUGUAUAUGAGCAAGAAGGAGUUUUCAUUCAUUCAUCCUGUGGAAAAAAUGAUGACCAGGACAACUUAAUUUCAGGAGUAUUACGUGUCAUAGAAAAGGAAAAUGAAGUAAUAGUAGACUGGAGACCCCAUGACGAUACUUUGGAUGCUUCUAAUAUCCUCUGUGCUGGAAAGGAUUCCAGUUCUGUUGUGGAGUGGACUCAAGCUCCUAAAGAAAAGUGUUCCCGUGGAAGUGACUGUCCAAGUAGUUACGAAGCAGAAUGGGACAUGGUCACCACGGUUUCUUUUAAGAGGAAACUUCAUUCGAAUGGAGAUGCUACAACUCAUGGAAAUGGAGAAAGCAAGUGGUCCUUCCUGUUUAGUUUGACAGAUCUAAAAUCAAUCAAACAAAGCAAAGAGGGCAUGGGCUGGUCCUAUUUGGUGUUCUGUCUGAAGGAUGAUGUGAAGCUUCCAGCUCUUCACUUUCAUCGUGGGGAUAGUAAACCACUGAUUAAAUGCCUUGAAAAACAUGUUGUGCUGAAUGAAUCUCCACAGGAUAAACGAAUUCUUCUUGUGAAUUCUCAGAACAAGUCUCUGUCUCAAUCUUUUGAAAAUCUCUUUGAUGAACCAUCAUACGGAUUAUUACAAAAAUUGAAGAGGGAUCCAUACACAGUAACAAUGGGAAGAUUCUCCAAAGUCACAAACUAUAUUUUUGACAGUUUCCGUUUAAGUGACCCUUCACAUCAAAGACGACCACCAUCAGAAAUGGCAGACUUUCUCAGUGAUGCUAUUCCAGGGCUAAGGAUAAAUCAGCAGGAGGAACCAGGAUUUGAAGUCAUUACACGAAUUGAUCUAGGAAGACAGCCUGAAGUUAGCAGACGAGAGCCUGUGUCAGCUGAAGAAUGGGCUAGGAAUAUGGAUUCUGAAGGAAGAAUUUUAAAUGUUGACUACAUAAAACAUUCAAUAUUCAAAGGGGGUCUCUGCCAUACUAUAAGGAAAGAAGCAUGGAAAUUUCUUUUGGGAUAUUUUCCUUGGAAUAGCACUAAAGAAGAGAGAUCCAAUCUGCAAAAAAAGAAAACGGACGAAUAUUUCAGGAUGAAACUGCAGUGGAAAUCUGUCAGUGAUGAACAGGAAAAACGAAAUUCAAGAUUAAGAGAGUACCGGAGUCUUAUAGAAAAAGAUGUAAACAGGACAGAUCGAACAAAUAAAUUCUACGAAGGGGAUGAUAAUUCAGGAUUGAUUUUACUUCAUGAUAUUUUGAUGACCUAUUGCAUGUAUGACUUUGACUUAGGUUAUGUCCAGGGGAUGAGCGACUUGCUUUCACCUGUCUUGUAUGUUAUGGAGAAUGAAGUAGAUGCCUUUUGGUGCUUUGUAACAUACAUGGAACAAAUGCAUCAGAAUUUUGAAGAACAGAUGCAGGGUAUGAAGACACAACUAGUUCAACUGAGUGCUUUGCUUCGUUUACUAGACAGUGGAUUUUGCAGUUAUUUAGAAUCUCAAGACUCAGGCUACCUUUAUUUUUGCUUCCGAUGGCUUCUUAUCAGAUUUAAAAGGGAAUUUAGCUUUCAAGAUAUUCUUCGACUCUGGGAGGUCAUGUGGACGGAACUGCCUUGCCAGAAUUUUCAUCUUCUCCUUUGUUGUGCUAUCUUAGAAUCUGAAAAACAGCAAAUAAUGGAGAAGCACUAUGGCUUCAAUGAAAUAUUAAAGCAUGUCAAUGAUCUGUCUAUGAAAAUUGAUGUGGAAUAUAUACUUUGCAAAGCAGAAGCAAUUUCUAUGCAGAUGAUGAGUUGCAAGGAAUUGCCUCAAGCAGUUAGUGAGAUCCUAGGGAUAGAAAGCAGUUCUGUAACACCAGACUCAGAUACUGGAGAAGAUGAAAGUGGAGCUGUGCCGAGUUGCUCAACGUCACUGUAUCAGAGUGUAUCAACACCUGUAGCUGCUGCCAAUGGAACGAGAGACAGCACCCAAGAGAUGCCUGAGAUGCAGAGCCUGGCACCUGCAUAAUUGCAGGUGGUUAAACUGAAGAAAGACUUAUUACUGAGCAGGUUUUUUUUGAGCACUUGAGAGAUGUAUAUUUAAAUUCAGUGUUGAUUAAGCUUUAAGGUUGGAAAGAAAAUCUGUACUGUAAUGCUCUUGCAUUAAAGCUUUACAACAUGACUCAACUAUUUUUGUAGUUUCUUCUACCAAAAUAGCCUUUUGUUUUCAAUUAACAUUCCUUAAUAUUUUUGUAGCCAAGUGCAUUUUCUUUUUGCUGGUGAACUGGAAAUGGAUGGUAAUUAAGAGUGAAUUAAAGAAAUCUGCAUUUGCUGAGCUUUCAGACAUUGUGGUCAAAGAGAGUGUGAGCUCUUGGAUUUGAGCAGGUUCACAAUAGGCCAGCUAAUGCUGCUGUACAAAAUUUUCAAGCUGAAGAGAUGCUGAUGUGUUAAAGAAGGAUCAUUUUGUAAAUGAGUGGGUUUUACCCCAUGAAAUGUUUACAAAAAUACUUCUAAGUAUUUGUUGCUGGUUGAAUGUAGAUUUGAAAUGGAAAUUUAAACUUAUACAGUUUAAUGUCCUUAUACUGAAUUUUGUGUAAUUGGGAGUGGUUGAACAGUAUAUUUUUACAUUAACAUAUCUUCACUUUAUAUAAGCAUAUAUAUAUUUAGAUGCAUACACUAUAUACACAAAUGUUUGUGAAUACUAAAAGGAGAGUCACGUUUUCAAUAUCUGAAUAAACUUGACUGCUCAUUCAUAUGAAUCAGUUUGGGCAAAUUAAUGCACAGCUCCAACCUGUGCUCUUUUUCAAGGACUUUUAAAACUGAUGAUAACUUUCAUGUAAAUACGUUCAGUCCACUUGAGGUAAUUUUGCAAUUGAUUUCUUGCACACUUUACUAAUGUUUAUCUUUGCCAAUAUAUGAACUGAUGAAUUAACUACUCUACACUGUUUUUAUGCCAAGAUUAUUUGGAGAAUUAAUGAACAGGUUAUAAAACCCCCAUAAACCACAAACCAAAAUAAUAAUCACAGUUAUCAUUAAUGCAUUUUUUGUAUAUGCAAAAGGCAAUGUGAGUUUAUUUGAUUCCAUGCUGAUGUCCUUUGACGUUAUGUGAAAUUUAACAGAACUGAAUCAGUUUAUUCAUUAUUUGGUAACUGUUGUAUAUAUAAAAAAUAAAAAUCAAAGCUGAUUUAGUGUUUUAAUUAAAUCAUUUUUAGAGAAAAAUAUCUAGUCUCGUUGAUGUAAGUACAUGAGAUAGAUGGGACAGCUAACAGUGCUUAGUCCAUUGAUAUAUUUUGUGAGUAAUGGAGAGCAGUGGGAAUACUUGUUUAUUGCAGAGUGGAACAUAUCUUUUAUUUCUAGGCUGUUGAUGUGCUGGGAUUUGGUGGUUCUCUUCUGGAGCAGUCUACUUUUGCAAAUGUUUCUUGUACCACCUAAAGCAAAUACAAGAAAUACAAAAAGGCUCUAAUAGAUCAAUCAAGUUGUUACAAUGAUUUGAGACCAAAUCAGACUUUUUGGCUCAGUUGUGAACUAAUAAUGGAGAGCUGAAUCAGUUUAGAUUUUGUUUUUAAUAUCACCAAUGUGCUAUCUCUCAUCAGUUAAUAAGAAGAGUCUUGCAUGGUGAAAGUCAAGGUUUCACAGCUCAGUGUAUCUGUAGCCUUUCAUUUCCUAUCCAGGAAAUUACUGUGAAGCAUUGUGUCUUUGUUCACUGGAACAUUGUGCUUCUUAGUGGGUCAUUUAAUGUGGCACAGAAUACAUAAAGCUGUAAGAACUUCAUAUAAUUGACACUUUGGUUCAAAUACUAGGUGAGUCAGUAUUUCUAGUUCGCUUUGAAGUGCACUUGCAAAAUGUUUUUGUCAAAAUUAUUUUGAGAUGAAACUAUGGAAGGGGAUGGAAGGGGGGAGGGAAAUAAAAACAAAUGCAACAAGUGAGUUGUCAAUUAGCUAUGAAUGUUUCUGAGUUAUUCUGGAUAUACAGCGUCAAAAAGUGAUAUGCAGCAUAUUGAAGAUCUUGAAGAAAAUAUUAUUGACUGAAUAUUAAUAUUCAAAUUACUGAGAAAAAUAUUUUAAGUGGAAUUCUGUUAGAAUUACAGCUAUGGCUGUUAAGAAGUACUACCAGCCCUUGUUGAUCUAUCCCCUUUGUAUUAAGUGCUCAGAUGUCAUGGAUGAGAAGGUUGUUCCUGAGUUAACAGUGAGCAGCUGCUGUGGAAGGCUUGGAGUAAGUGGGCUUGCUCUGCUUCCCUGCAGUAAGAUCAGAUGUCCCUUGUUCAUUGUAUGCACCCUUCCUGCUGACAGGCAGCCUUGCAAAGAGUUGGAAUCAAGAGGAACCUCAUUCUCCACUAAAUUAUUCCUGAUUGUUAGGGAUGGCUUUAGUCUUAAAAUGAGACUGGAAACACUGUGAGAGGCCUUCAUUGGGAUCAUGAUGGCUGAAAAAAUGCCCUGGGUUGGAGGUUCUGUAUAUGUAAUUACAUACUUCAUUUGUACAUGAAUUAUUUAGACUACUUAGAAUUAACUAAUGUGAAUUAACUCUGCUUUUUCUGGUUACAGCUGUCAAGCUGUAAAAAGGCAAUACUUGUUUAGUUCCUGCAAACCUGUUUUGUUCUUUAAUACUUAACUUGAAGGUAACUUUCUUCUAGGGGUCAGCAUUUAAAACUUCAUGCUUCUCAAUUGUAGCAGUAUUCCAGUGUUACCUUUUCUAAGGUAAAAAUUACAUUUAUGUAGGUCUUUACUUGAGACAUUUUUUUUUAUAUUUUUUUAGGGCAAUUUUGUUUUGAAAGUACAUUCUUCAGAGCUUUUCUGUUGGGACACAAGAGGAGAAUUGACUGAAAAUUCACGGAAGAUUUGACCAUUGUGAAUAUUUAUGGAAUGGUUUUGAUACUGGGAGGUGAAAGAAAAAACAAAACAAAAGGGUGGUGCUUUACUUCAUUUCCCAUAGUAAUCACCACUUCAGCUGUUUUCACAUUUCACGUUUCACAUUUAGCAAAUGUGUGCCUGUCCUGUUCAUUGUAGCCAGUGGCCUUCAAUCCACAGUCUAGUGUUGAGGUUUUGUAUUAAUUUUUUGUAGAUAAUUUUCCUAAGGAAUAUAAAGGCUAUAUAUAUGUUAUAACACGUCCUGAUCGCCUUAAUAACCAGAUGUGGAAACACUGUGAUGUUGAUUGUAUUAGCAAUGUUUUGGGUUUGACCUGUAAUUCAAUUAAAAUUAAGGUGGUAUGUUCAACAA